CAUGGAGUUAAGCCAAACCAGAAAAUCAAAGAAACGACUCGUAGUCGGAUACAAAUGAAGGGCCUUUGUAGCCACCAAAUGGGCUAGCCUAUUACUAUGCCGACCUACAAAUCGCACACUGAACCCACUUUGAAUUGAUAAGCACUGCACAAUUUCUUCAAGGAGGGCUCCAAUUCGGCUGUCUCUAGUAUCUGACUGGUUGAUUUUGUAAAUAGCCGCCUUGGCGUCACCCUCCAGUCGUACUGCCGUAAACCCGGAUGCCGGACACCAGAAAAUUGCCUCCCAAAGACUGAGGACCUCAGCAGUCAAAGGAUCAACAAUCCCGACAAACAAUGUGUUUCAAAUGAAAUAGAUCUUUUUUCCUUAUAACUGAAGAAAGGUAUCUUUCUUGUCAUAUAAUUAUUGCUAUCUAGGAGUUGGAGGAGACCACAAUGUGUGUCAAAGUUUCUACUACAUAUGUUGAAGAGGUAUUUAGGACAAUUAGAUAGUUAACAAAUAUAUAUUUUUUUUUUACGACAAGAUUAAGUGAACGAAAAAUGAUACAGAGUGUUACAUGUUGUGAGUUGAAACUCAUGUUGUUUUUCUUCAUUGUGUGCCCCAAACAUAUGCAAACUAGCUAGCCUAUAAGUUAGUAUAUGAUCAAACAAACUUAGUAAUAGAUAUAUGUAUGACAAAUAUGCUUUUAAGGAGAAUAAAUUUCAUUGAUGUGUUUCGAAUUCUUAUGAGCCCUUUAUUUUAGUUGGUUUGACCUUAUAAAUUGGAUUGAACCAGUUGAGUGGUGGCUCACUUGUCAACAAUAAACGCCCAAACUGGGGUCGAGUUAGAAAUACAAGUCUUGAGUCUCAACCCUUGACUAGUGUUUUCAAGCGGUAGUCAGAAUGGUCGAGUGUUGAAGCUUGCAGAAAGCCGUUUCCCUUCAAACCAGUCAAAACCACAAAAAAUGAUUAAAAUUGCAACAAAUCAGUGGUCUAACCAAAUUGAUUGGUUUGAAUCUCUUAGACAGAAAGUUCCGUCUUGAUCGGCCAAACCUUAUUAUGGAAAAUAAAGCAAAUAUACACAUCUUUUAGGUUUAGAUAAUAUAUUAAUUGUUAAAUUAUUGUAUGAUAUAAUCAAAUUAGUAAAUUACAUUCAAAUUAUACAAAUAUUAUUAAAUUAUUACCAUAAAUGAGUAUAUAUUUUUUUUUAUAUCUUUUGCAUAAAACGGGUUAAAGCGCUCAAACUCCAAUCCGACCAAUGAACUUAAAACAAUUUAUUUCACCGAUUCAACGGAUUAAACCAAUUUGACAACUUUGCUCUUGUCAAGGUGGCAAAAAAAUACAUUCAGAUCUAGGGUUUCCAGUAAGAUAAGUAGAUAACCCACCGUAGGCAAAUAUCCAUACAUUUACCGCCGGAGUUGCUAGUUAGCUUCCCCAGUUUUCCUGCGGCAGUAACCCAGAAGGCGUGGUACAUUCAGAUAAUAGCUUCGAAACAAUGGUUCAGCGGCUCACUUAUCGGAAACGCCAUAGUUACGCCACCAAAUCCAACCUGCACUGCAUCGUCAAAACUCCCGGUGGGAAGCUGGUCUAUCAGACCACAAAGAAGAGAGCUAGUGGCCCAAAAUGUCCCGUCACUGGGAAGAGGAUCCAAGGGAUUCCUCAUUUGAGACCUGCUGAAUUACAAGAGGUCAAGACUGUCUAGGAACUGCAGGACCGUGAAUCGCUCAUAUGGUGGUGUAUUGUCUGGCGGUGCUGUCAGGGAGAGGUAACCUCCACCAGUUUUUGCUUUCCAUUGCUUUGAUUCCAACUUGAGGUUUUUCUAAGAAGAAACAUCUGACUUGAGUUUGAACUUAAACCACGAUUUCAUAGGAUUAUUCGAGCCUUUUUGGUGGAAGAGCAGAAGAUUGUGAAGAAGGUUUUGAAGAUUCACCAGGCGAAGGAAAAGCAGGCCUCUGAAGAGCUAAGAGCUGACAGCCUUAGGGUGGGAGAGUCUUUGGGAGUUUACAAGACACAAGUUUGACAGGAAUUUUGAUGUAAUUGUUGAAGGUGUUAUGAUUACACAGAAAGUUAGAUGCACUCAACAUUUAGCAUGUUUUGGUGCCCUUCGCGGCAGCCAGUUAUGUUGUUUUUCGUUAUUAUCCCUUUGAGGGAGUGAGAUAUACUUUGUUGAGAGUAUUAUGAACGUGCCUAGUUAUGCAGUAAACGAUACUUAAAUGUGAUUUCCAAUUCAGUUGCAGCAAGAAUAUCACACUCAACUUCCAUAAAAGAUAUCAUGCAUGGCCGAAAUGCUUAGAACUCUGCCUUAGUAGAUGGAUUAUACUUCCCUGCUUACAUGAAUGGUUCUGUUAGUACUUAGUAGAGUAGGCUGAAAUCGCAUCCCAUUACUGAAACUUAAAAAAAGAAACAUUUGUCAAGAGUGGGAUUUGAACCCACGCCCUUUCGGACCAGUACCUGAAACUGGCGCCUUAGACCAACUCGGCCAUCUUGACAUUAACGUUUAAUUAUGAUAACCUGCGUUUUAAUAUAGAUGCUGAAGCAUCAGACACAUAAAGACAUGGAGGAUAAAUUGAAAUAGGAAUGUAGCAAGGGGACUUUAGUUAUGGUCAUUUUCUUUGUAAGGACAAAAAAAAGUAGGAAGUAGGAACCACUAGUUUGAUGAAGACUAAAAAUAGUUAUCCUAUUAUGAUAUUAUAUAUAUCAUGGAUGAUAAAAAAAAAAACAAAUCUUUACUAAAAGUAUUUAUUCGUCAAGUUUGUAAAUUAAUAUAUAUAAAGCUCAAACAGAUUUACUGUUGGCUAAUACUUCCAUUUGAUUGGACCAUCUGUUUCUUAAUAAAUUCAUUUGAUUGGACCAUGUUUAUGGGCUUUUAUCAUGUAUCCGCUCCGUUUUAUGUUUGCGGCUAAUUAAUUGGCGAAACUGAAAGGGAAGACAAUUUUGAAUAUUAUGGGAGAAGAUAAGAUUUUGGGGAAGAAAAAGUGAAUGGGUGGAGCAAGAUUGUCAAACCGGUUAGCAAGUGGUAUGAUUUGAAUGGGAUACAAUUGGUUUAUAUCAAUUUAACAUACUAUAUAAAAAUAUGAAAAACUAUUAACAUUUAGUGAACAUAUGUGAAUACAAUCUACAUUCAUAUAUUGUUUUAACAAAAUAUUUGAAAUAUGACAAAUCAAUAACAUUAACUGAAUUCAAUAAUCAUAUAUAAAAACAUAAUUGAAUACAAUCUACAUUCAUAUAUAAAUAAAAUACAAUAUUACAAAUAAAAUAACAAAUACUCAUAUUUAAAUACAAUAUUUAACGUGAA